UUCAUAUCUAGCUCUUCGACUUCCCUUUGAGAAGGAAAGUGAGACAUUAGCAAAGAGGCUAGUGGAGAGCUAGAGAGAAGAAGCAAAGAAAUGGCCUUGAUUUCCACUCAUAACCCUUGGGUUUUCGUUUUUGGUGUUCUAGGCAACAUUUCCUCGUUCGUGGUUUUUCUAGCUCCAAUACCAACUUUCUAUCGGAUUUGGAAGAAGAAAUCAACCGAGGGCUAUCAAUCUCUUCCAUAUUUGACUGGCCUCCUCAGUGCAAUGCUUUGGAUCUACUAUGCCUUACUCAAAUCUGAUGCUUUCCUUCUCAUCACGAUCAAUGCCUUUGGUUGCGUCGUGGAGACCAUUUACAUUGCUUUCUACAUCACUUAUGCCCCAAGGAAAGCCAGGAUGUUAACUUCGAAGUUACUUCUUUUGUUAAAUUUCAUGGGAUUCUGCUCGAUUCUUCUUCUCUCACACUUCUUAACAAAAGCAUCCACACGUAUUCGAGUUUUAGGAUGGAUUUGUAUGGUAUUCUCUCUCAUUGUCUUCGUGGCACCUUUAAGCAUUAUGAGGUUGGUCAUUCGUACCAAAAGUGUGGAGUACAUGCCCUUUAAUUUAUCACUUUACCUCACUGUAAGCGCUGUUACGUGGCUCCUUUAUGGCUUAUUCCUCAAGGACCUGUACGUGACGAUUCCCAACAUUCUUGGAGUAGUAUUUGGGUUGCUUCAGAUGUUGCUGUAUGCAGUAUACAGGAAUAAGUCCAAGAUGUUGGUGGCAGCGGAGGUUCAGUCGCCCCAACAAAGUAUUGAUAUCGCCAAACUAGAAAAACAACCCCCCAACUGCGGCGAAAACAGUGAGAAUGAGGAACAGAGAGAAAAUGAUCCCCAAAAUAUCGAUCAGACUAGGAAUAUCAUGGAGGUUUUUGACUCGAAUCCGCAAAUUGCUUCUGAAGUUUAAUUGCAACAACCCUUAGCAACUGUAGGAAUUAUAUGAAUGUGUUUCCUGUUUCAUGUUCUAGUUUGUUAACUUGAGAUUUGUGUUUCUCUAUAUGUAAGAAGCCUAACUAGAGGUUGGGCAAAAUAAAUUCUAAAUGUAGUU